AUGAGUCACCCAUAUUACCGUGGCCGCACCAAGAGCAACCAAAGCGUCGGGAGAGCAGUUACCUCGACUCCUCUAUCCUCCCGACAAAACUCUACUCCAAAACGAGAAGUCUCGAUGUUCAUGAGAAAAAGACAGGUUUCGAUUGAGGAAAAUGCAAACCAAAUGGCCUUUUUUUCAGAUACAACAAGAUCAGCGAUCAUCUCAAGAACUUGGUGGAUCACCGGCAGAAGAAUGGCGCAUGGAACGGUCUACACCGACGGCGCGGACGGAGCCACCAAUCCCGACGACUCUCAGCUCCACUGUGUCCGGAAUGUGGAAUCCUCUUGGAUUUGUGGCCAACAAUUUCUACGACACGGCCGGAAAUCUUUCAGAAACACUUGCGAAGUUGGUUGAUAAUCCACGAAACAAGAAUUCAUGCUCAUUUUACAGAUGAAUGCAGAAAAGUUGAGCAGGAACAUCCGCGAGAUCGACUACUUCGACUUAAAAUGGCUUGUCUGCCUUGCGAAGAAAACGACAUCAAAAGCGAGCAGAUGUACAAGCUUAUCGGCUUCCAGGCCGCCGCUGUACGUUGAAACCAGGGUCCCUCGGAAUAAAGAACGUUGCUUUUUCAAAUUUCUCAAAGUAAACUACGGAAAUUCCAAGGGACUAUGAACAAAACUAUAGAAAAAACUUCACCGCUUAGAGCUUUUGUGAUUUAGCGCUGAAAUUGGAAAGGGCGGAAUCGCUAGAGCUCUGCGGAAGCGAUGGUUGAUAUUCUUUUUCAGUUCAACCAGUUGGCGCGAAGUGUUAAGAAAGAGGAAGAGAGACAGAAAUGAGAAGCUGGAAAAAUCGUCGUUUUUCUUCUCAGUGACGUGAUCAGUCCACAAUCUUGUUCGAGUUGGACGUCGAGUUCAUUUCUGAACCACACUCGGCUCAUUUGUCUCCACGUAUUCGACGCGGUAUGAUGUGAAAAGUGUAUAUAUCGAAUGAAAACGAGUUCAGAUCGAAAAAGUCGACGAUUUGUUUGCGACGUACUCCAGUUCGGCGUCCUCUUCCAAAUACUUGCCCGUCUCAGAAUAAUUUUACAGCUCCUUUGCAAGUAAGAAAAAAUGUCGGAUUUUGAACACAAACUGUUUCAAUUUUAGUUUUCCUUCUUCAAGGAUUCGAACAGGCCUGCUCAAAGGACAACGAAUCAUUUGCGCAUAGAAUCGUGUACGAAGUCCUCACGAACAAAUUGUGCGUGGUUGGAAAGAAAGGAAGGAAAUAUAUAAACUUUCUUGCAGGAGCCGCGCGAGAGCCGAAUUCAACAGAAUAAACAACAACAAGUUUGCUGCAGAAGACCAGGCGAAAGGCCUGCGAGACGCCCUCGCGAGAGGAGACCAGUGGACUGAUGUGUGAGAUUUUUAAAUUAAAAUGUAUAGCGAGAAAUUGCUUCAAUACCUCGAAAACGAAAUCAUAGAAACCGAUUUGAAAUGAGAGGUUGAAGCAAAACGGGGUUCCGAAGACAAAAACACCGAACAAUUUUGGAACUUUCCCGCCAACGGCGUACGCGACGUCGCAGCUCAUGCAAGACUUCAGCGCACUUCGUCACGUCGUCUUCGGAACCCUCACAGCCAACGAACGGAGUCAAUUCAGAUACCAAUAGCCGAAACAGCCCAAAAAUAUUACCGAGCUGAUUAAUGAGAAGUUUAGCUGUCGUCUUUUCAGGCGAUUGCAUUUUGGAGCCGUCUCGACUGCCAGCAAUCGCGUUGGACACGACGACGGCGAAAGCGUGGACGGCCGAGACAACACCGACGAGUACGAGGAAGAAUACGGCAGCGGAGGACAUGAAAAUGACGAGUACGACGAUGACGCCGGACGCGGAGGAAUGGAUCAGGAUGUCGUUGUCGACUAA